CGACAUAUCUUGGGCCGAAUUAUCAAUAUUUCUCGUACCAUAGCAACCGUGGUAAUAUUCUCCUUUGUGGCUUGUUUGUAAACAUCAAAAUAGCCUAAAUGACAAGACCUUUCAUUAAGUUCAACGCUGCUUGGUGAUUUCAUGUACAAUAUAUAGAAAUGCCUCAUUUAAAACAACCCAAAGAAAAAGAGCCGUUGUGGAAGGAUUGGGAUUAUCUGGCGCAGAAGAAGGGAGUUCGACACACGGUGUACUCGGUGAAUGGUGACCAGUAUACUGGUGAAUGGCUGGAUAACAAAAAAGACGGAAAAGGAACAUAUAAGUGGAAAGAGAAUGGUGCAUUGUAUGACGGAGACUGGAAGCGAGGGAAAAGAAAUGGAUUCGGAACAUAUAGCAUGCCUGAUGGAAAAGGCGGUUAUAAAAAGCAGUAUUCUGGGGGCUGGAAAAAUGACAUGAGACAUGGGUAUGGGACUCAGUUUUAUACAGAUGAAGAAUAUUAUGAAGGGGAGUGGUAUGCAGACAAAAGAAGUGGUUGGGGAAGAAUGUAUUAUCAAGAUGGAACUAUUUAUGAGGGCGAGUGGUAUGAUGAUCAGAGAAAUGGUCAGGGAAUGCUUAGACUAACCAAUGAAAAUCGGUAUGAAGGGUCCUGGAGGGAUGACAAGAAAAAUGGACCAGGAAAAUUCUUUUAUCUCACAACUGGACAGAUAUAUGAAGGUGUUUGGAAUGCUGAUAUUGCUAAGUGUGGAUCAAUGAAAGAUUUCAAUCGAAAUCAAGCACCAGAGCCAACUAAAUACCCCAUUCCAGAUGUCAAACUGUUCAAUUCAGAUGCAGUUUUACAAGAUGCUGAGGAACAGUUUCUUCAUGAUCAUGAAUGAUAAAUCAAAUGAAAGUACAGUACUCGUGGUAUACAAUGUAAAUACACAAUUUGUGCUCGGGUCAGUGGUUUUUGAACCUUGAACAUAUGACAAUGAAAAUGUGAUGUAAUCAGUGCACAGUUUAUGAUGAUUGUACAUGUGGCUACUUGAUUUAUAUAAAUUGCUUUACAUUUAUAA